AUGACUAAUAUCUUUACAUCGGAUGAAGAAUAUUUAACACCACCAACGACUACUCAAUCGUUGGACUACAGUCAACAUGAAUAUCGUCCGCGUACAUUAAAUAGAUCUGUAGACAAGGCAAGACAAGCCAUUUUACCAGUAUUUCCACCACGUACAACAUUAUCAUCGGCAGUUAAAACACUAGCAACAGCUGCCACAACUACAAUUUCUAGUACUAUACAUAUCAAUGAAGAUCAAGUGGAUUUCCUUUUAUGUAAUGUGCCUAAACAACUACUUACUCGGGAACAAUAUGAACGUCGUCAAAUUGAUGCCUAUGUAUCUGCUUUCAAAUUACAAACAUGGGAAGGGAUUAAACCGCAUAAAAAUUAUCCUUCGUAUAUGAUAACAAUGUACAAAAAUCUCUAUGUAGAAUUAAGUAAAAAAUGGUCCAUUGGUAAAACUAUUUUGGAUUGUAAUCUUGAUCGAUUACAAAAAUGUGCUAGGAUAAAAAAUUUCAAUUUUACCGAUCCAGAUUUACCAUUCGUAUUGGAAUUUUUCUUACAAAUGGAUGUGGAUGUUUUUCAUUUGAAAACUUGUACAUUUCGUCAAGGUCUACCACGUGUUAUUAUUGAUACACAUGGUCAACAAUCACACGAAGGUAUAUUUACAAUUGAUGAACAAUCAAUUGAAGGUCGUUAUGGUCUGAGACCAUGUCAUCAAACCAAUUGUUUAUGUUGUCAAAAUCAACUUGGAACUAUUCAAUUUAAUCCUAAACAAAUUCAUACUUUUCUUAAUCGAUAUCAAGCUAUUUUAAAUUGUCCAGUCGUAUGUUCAACAUCGAAUAUUAUCUAUGCAUUAACAUGUGUAUGUGGUGAAAAAGAUUAUGUGGCACAUACACAUUUAUCAUUUGUUGAUUGUUUAGUAUAUCAUCGUCGAGAAAUUGUACGAACAAUUUGUGAAUUUUUAUUCGGUGAAAUUAAUGUUGAGUUAUUGGAUAGAAUUCCUAAAUCAGAAGAAACAAAAAUGAAUGAUGAAAACUGGCUCUAUCGACAUUCAGCACGAUGUCCAGCAGUUCUAGAACUGUUUCUUAAUAAUAAUCCAUCGUACUGGUGUUUUGUUCCAGUACCUAUGAAACUGGAAAUACGAUCACGUAUCCAUACUCCAUCACCACCACCACUGCCGCUAGCAGCAGCAGCAGCAGUAGCACCAUAUACAUUACGACAUCAAGAAGAUCUGGUUCAACGUUUGACUGAUAAUGUACCCAAACCAAUGGGUGAUUAUGAAUUCACACCUGAACAUGUUUCUGAACAAAAACAAUUUUUUAAAUAUUGUAAAGAUCGUAACCCAAUCAAUAUGCAUCAUCUUCGCUUUCAUCAAGCAACGAUUGUGGCUGUUUUACCUGAUCAAAGUUCAGCAUUAGUUCGAAAAUUUAUUGAAUCACUUUUCAUUACACAUGCUGAAUGUCAACUCAAUCGCAAUGGUCGAUUAAUAAAUCAAUAUUUUCAUCAAGAUUAUUCAGUUCGUGGUCAAUGGUAUCGAGGUCUUCCAGAUCGUCGUCGUCCAUCACCUUAG